CUCUAUUUGCUUUGUUUACGAUUUCUGAUAAAAAGAUUCUUGAUUUUUUAUCAACAGUAAUUUUAAAUUGAUGAAUUAAAAUGGAUAACAUAUUUGAUAAAUCCGAUUCAAUAAUCGGUGAUAAUUUUGAUGGAAAUUUAUCAAAUGAUGAAAAUGCAAUGCAACAACAAUUAGCUGAUGAUUUAAAUACAUCAAGAUCGGAUAGUGAUAUGGAUUUAAUGGACAAUGAUGAAGAUUCAAGAGAUGCAGCUUUAGCAAUUGAAGAGAACUUAAAAGAUAUCGAUGCAGAAAAAUCAGAUGAACAAGAAAAGUCUCAUGAAGAAGAAAAACACGACGAUAGUGGCAAUUUAGAUAUAAGUAGUAUAGAAUUACCCUCUAAUGAUAAUAACAUAGACAAUUCAAACAUUGAUAAUUCAUUUGAAACGGAUAUUAUUUUACCUAAACCGGGUGUGCAAACAGAUUUGUCAGAUAAUAAUAUAUCAAUGAAAGAGAAAAAGAAAGAUGCAAAGAGUAAAAAAGAAUUGGAAGAAGAAGAAAGAGAAAAAAUGCAAGUAUUAGUAUCAAAUUUUACCGAAGAUCAGUUAGACAGAUAUGAAAUGUAUCGUAGAGCAGCAUUUCCUAAAGCAGCUGUGAAAAGAUUAAUGCAAACAAUUACUGGAUGCUCGGUUUCACAAAAUGUAGUGAUUGCCAUGUCUGGUAUUGCCAAAGUAUUCGUUGGUGAGGUGGUUGAAGAAGCUUUGGAUUAUAUGGAAGCAAAUAAUGAAACUGGACCUUUACAACCAAAACAUUUGAGAGAAGCUGUUCGUAGAUUACGGAAACGUGGGGCAAUACCUAACAGUCGUGGUCAUAAAAUGCAUCCAUUCAGAUUAUAA